AAUAUCUAAAUAGAAAACACAGAGCUUCAACGACAUGGCUCAUUUUCCUAUGUCUCAUUUUUCUUCCAACCAAAAAUUAUAUGUAGUAAAUGGUUAAACCUCGUUUAUGUUUCGUGAGGUGCCCAAUCGUCGGUGAAGCUAUAAUUGAACUUCAUGUCCCAUAGUUCCGUGUUGUCCUCUUGCUACUACUUCCUCCUGCCUUGCGCAAGCUCACAACGUUGUAGAAUGCGGAUUUCGAAGCUAAUGAGAAUACCUAGCUACUAAGCUAAAAACAAGGUUCUUGUUGUUAGGCUUCAAACGCGUAAAAUGUCUAAAACACACUCACAGCCCCCGUCAUCUUCGGCAGCGACGACUACCGGGGGACCCUCCUCGUCCUCUUCGUCUUCGCCCGCUGGGGGCUCGACAUCUCCCGCAACCGUGUUGAACGUGCAGCCCGAGAAACCUCAACAUUACACAUAUCUUAAGGAGUUCAGGACUGAGCAGUGCCCCCUGUUUGUACAGCACAAAUGCACACAACACAGGCCGUUUUCCUGUUUUCACUGGCACUUUCUAAACCAGCGGCGGCGCAGGCCCAUCCGAAGACGGGAUGGGACCUUCAACUACAGCCCAGAUGUUUACUGCACCAAAUAUGACGAGGGAACAGGCACCUGUCCUGAUGGAGAUGAAUGCCCAUUUCUACAUCGGACAGCAGGUGACACAGAGCGCAGAUAUCACCUUCGCUACUAUAAGACAGGAUCUUGUAUACAUGAAACAGAUGGAAAAGGCCACUGCAGCAAAAAUGGCUCCCACUGUGCCUUUGCACAUGGAUCACAUGACCUUCGCAGCCCUGUUUAUGAUAUUAGAGAAGUGCAGGUAAUGGAGUCACAGGGAGGCUCUGGGGCCACAGAGGGAGGCGGAGGAGACGGACAGUCGGGACAGGCUGCAAGUACAGCACUCAUAGAGAAGAUCCUGAGUGAGGAGCCGCGUUGGCAAGAUAACAACUACGUGCUGUCCCACUACAAGACAGAACUCUGUAAGAAACCCCCUCGUCUGUGCCGUCAAGGUUAUGCCUGCCCAUACUACCAUAACAGCAAAGAUAGGAGGCGCAGCCCGCACAAGCACAAAUACCGAGCAUUGCCAUGUCCAGCCGUGAAACAGAGUGAGGAAUGGGGAGAUCCGAGUAAAUGUGAGGGAGCAGAGGGAUGUCAGUAUUGCCACACAAGAACGGAGCAACAGUUCCACCCAGAGAUCUAUAAAUCCACUAAGUGUAAUGACAUGCAGCAGUGUGGCAGCUGUCCCAGAGGGCCCUUCUGUGCCUUUGCUCAUGUUGAAAAGCCCUUUGUUCCAGAGGAAGCAUCAUUCCCAACACCAAGCUCCCCUCCACCACCCAGACCUCCAGACCCUCUUCCUGCCCAGGAAGCUUCUUCUAGUCCCAGCAGACACAACAUGGGACCUGGUUCUGGUUCUGUGUCAGACCCCUUCUCUCCAUCUACAGGAUCAUGUGUUACAGAGCAGGGACUGCUGGGAAGUGUUUUGUCCCUGUGUGAGGACUUGAGUGGAGGAGCAGAGCCACUGUCUCCCUGGGCAGGAGAGGGAGCAUACUGCAGAGCGCCUGGAUUUGAGAGGGAGGAUCAGGCUAAGCAAAGGAGUUUUGCUCUUGAGCAGCGCAAUAGAGAAUUAGCAUCAACACAAAGCAAACAGGACUUGUUAGUGUUUCUGCCCGUGGGCAGCCCUUUGAGUCUAUCCUCCAGCAUCCCCUCCAGUCUGGCUGCCACACCGCCCAGUCCCGCCCCUCUAGGACCACCAGGAUCCAGCAUCUCCUCAGGCAUGAAUGCUAACGCCCUGCCUUUUUAUCCCACCAGUGAGACUGUAGAGUCAGUUGUUGAGUCAGCCCUAGAUGAUCUCGACCUGAAUGAUUUCGGCGUGUCGGCAUUGGAGAGGAGCUUGGAGAGCAACUCUGCUCUGCCCAGUGUGGGAGUUAUGCUGGGAGGUAGCCAGUUUCAAAGUUCUGCCCCUGUAAAUAUCCCAGGAUCUUUCAGCAGCUCUGCUCCUUUUAGCUCCCCAUCACCAUCUCCCCCAAUCAGGCCGCAUGCUUCACCAUUCUUUUCUACUCAUAUAUCACAACCUGGCCAGUCAGAAAGCACCUUCUUGGGACCAUCUCAUAGCUCUUUAGGUCUUAAUGGUAUGAGCAGUAAUAUCUGGGAGCAUUUUCCAUCAGGCCAGGGUUCCCCUGGUACACCCCCCACCCUCCUGCCUACUGGCCCCUGUGCAGAGACUUCCAGGCUUAAACAGGAGCUAGAGGAAGCACAUAGGGCACUGAAGCAGUGGGGUCACAGCUGGAGACACACAGCUCAGUCAUGGGCUGCACUAAAAGCAGAUGCGGAGGAGUCCCGUGCCCAUGCAGCACGGUUAGCCAUGGAAGCAGAGAGAGCGCGGCAGGCUGAGGAGGAGGCACAGAGGCAGGCUUCUCUCCUGCAGGAGGCGCUGGAGAGCUUAAGGAAUGGAGACAAUCCUCAUCUAGCACUGCAUCAACUCCAGCUACUACAUCGACUGCCUUUGGAGUCAGUCCUGAGUUUGCAGGCUCAGCUCUGUAGCUGCCUACAUGCUGUGGAACAGGUGGUGUACAGAAAGCAGAGACAGUGCUGUGUGACAUGUGGAGAGCAAGGCUCCGUUUCCCUGACCUGUGGCCACGGACUUCAGUGUGAAAGCUGCUCCAACUCUACAGAGUGCCCACUCUGCCCUGAACAGACCCCAGAGCAGCAGCUCUCUUGACCUCACUACGCUGCCAGGACCACCACAGAUUCCAGACCAGUCAGUCCGGAUUCCACAGAUACCAGCCUUCAAUCUCAGCAUCCAUUUGAAAAAUCAUGCCGAGGUCAUUUUAUAAUAUGGUAACAACACAAGCACUGACCUGAUCUUUGUAUUUUUAAGAUGACUUUUACUGAUGAAUGACCACUUUGUAAAGCACAGGUCAUUAAGUGGAAGCUCCUAAUGUAGAAUUUAGGAUUAAUAAUUUCUCCAGUGUUACCCAUGGAACACCAGUACAUUUUACAAGUUAUUGCUCUUGACCAGCAACACUGUUCUAUACCUUGCUCUUGAUUUAUGAAGAUAAUUUGAAUACCUGCUGUUAUUUCUUCUUUAAAGGGGGAAUUCCGGUAUUUUUCAACCUGGGCUCUAUAUUUAAAUGUGUUGGUCCAUACAUGAUUCAUACUUACUAAAGGUUUUGGUAAUCCUUAAUUACAAACUCCGGCUGUCACAGUUACCUCCAUUAAAGUGCUUGUGUUUGUCACUGACAGGCUUAGGUUGUUAUCCUCAGUAUCUGACAACAUUACAAAAAAACGAUUCCUACAGAGAGACCUUUUUGUUAAAUAUAAGAUAUUUUUUUGUAACUAAAAACAGUUUUGCUCAAGGAGAAGUCGUUGUGAAAUCUCAGGAGAGGUGAGAUGUUGCAGGAAGACGCAUGGAAAGAGUUAAAGAGAUGAGUUUGGAGUUUAUUUCCAGAAACCGCCAGCAGGAAUUUAUUUCCAAAAUCGUGGCUUAAUAUUUUAGAUUUAGAUUUAGAGAUUUAGAUUUUGGCACUGCAGAUGAGGCAACAAUGUUAUACACUCACCUCACGAGAUUUCAGAUCGUCAUUUCCCCAUGAGCGAGUCCGUUGUUUCCUGAUAACAAAAGGUUUGUCUCCGUAGGAUCAGUUUCCAUCGUGUUGUCAGACACUAUAACAACCUGCACUUUUUUGUAGUCUUUGCGAGUUCACUGGUAGGACGAUGGUAAUACUCAUGAUGAAAUAUAUGCAGGAGGAGUAAUUAUCUUACCCUCAUCAGCUGCUAGUAAUUGUUUCAUAUAACCAUGACUGCCAAGAUCAGGCACCUGAGCCUGGUUGUUUGAGACAGUUUAUAUGAAUGACAUCAACAUGUCUGUUCAUGCAGCAAGUCUUGCUGUCUGUAUCUACUGCAAAAGUUAUAAUCAUAAUCAUUAUUGGCCAUAGCCAGUGAGAAGAAGACAUUCUCAUAUGGACAUAAAUGACAGUCAUUGUUGUCAGUGCUGCUUCCCUCGGUGUGGUUUCAAGAUGACGUUUGUCUUCCACUAUUCAUUUAUUCCACAAAGAUUCCUAUUGAGAUACAGUUAUAUUGUUUCUUAUUGCAUCAAAUUGCACCGAAUCACCCUGUAUUAGAAAUAUAUCAUCCCUGAAUCGUAUUGGAUCAUCCUAUAAGGGAGAAAUGAACACCCCUAGUAAAUAUGAAUCAUUUACACACCAAAACAUGUAAAUAUAGGGCCCAGGUUUAAAAUAAAAUUGACAGAUUUCCCAGAUUUAUUCUACCGUGAAACAUUUUCAUACAUAGUUCUAAAACAUAUUCUGAUAUGUUUUAAAAUAUAAGCUUGGCUUCAUGAAAACACAUUUCGAGCAUUUUAUCUAUCCAUCUGGUUCGUGUGAUCACCCUCCAGAAAUAAAGACAGUUACUCAUGAUAAUCCACAGUAAGGAGCAAUCUUCAUUAUGAACUAUUUAACUGGGAAGUAUUUUGUAUUAAAGUAAGCCACUAACUGUAUAGGCUAUAUAGACUGAAGUAUAAUUCUGCUUAUGGAUGAGGUGCACAUGCUCGUGACAACAUGGAAGUGAAGAUAAAACUACUAUUUUCUUCUUGGCCGUGGUGUUACUAGGUGAUGCCUGGUUGUCUGGUACUAUCACUCUGGUUCACUCCAUCGUGUGAUCAGGGCAUCAAAAGUAACUGUUAAGAUUUCUGGAAAGAGGCAAAAGUAGCUGUGGAACAGCAAAGUUCUGCACUGGUUAGUCUCUUUUUUUUGUUUUUGUUUUUUUAAGGAAAUGAGCUGUCUUAACUAAAUCAACAGUUGUGACUGAAAACACUUAAAGGGCAUAUUUACUUUCAUCCAGACAAUGAUCCUACAAAGUCAAAAGGGGGAUGUCAUACCAGUCUGCUGGUAGCGCUUAUCUAGAUUAUACUGAUACUCCUGUUCAAGUUUUUUUUUUCUAUCACAAUUUUUUUUUUUUUUUAACAAAUGAAAAUUGAAAUGGUCAAUUACUGUUAAUGGCAGAAAAUAUGUAAACAUGUGGUAAUAUUUGUUUAAAUUUACAACAGAUGGCCUCUGUUAAAGCACUCAGGUUUUCUCUAAUAUUCUUCUAAAUAAACUGGAAGAGGAAAGCAUAUUAUUACAAUCAAGGCAAAUGUAUACAGUCAUCUUGCGUAGUCUUUUAAUUUUUAGCGCUUUUCAUGUUAACCCACACACAUUUUUGUUAAACCACUCAUUUGCUAUGUUUAAAAUCAAUGUGUGACAGGUUUCUCUGCCAAAAUUUUUACAUUUGUAGUCAUUCUUGACAUUUCACACAUUGAUUCACACACUAUAUAUAUAUAUAUAU